CUCUUUCUCUUUCUCUUUCUCUUCUUUUCUAUAUUAUUCUUUUUAUAGUAAGAAUAUCAACAUAAAGAAAUAGACGUUAUAUUAAAUCCAUAUUACAAAUGCCAGAAUGGACAUCUCAACAGCAACAACCACACCUGAAUCACUAGAGCAGCAAGCUAUACAGUCCACUAGUAGAGGAAACAAGAGAAAUAAAGUAAGCAAAGCCUGUAAUGAAUGUAGAAAGAAAAAGGUACGAUGUGAUGGGGCUCAACCUUGCGAGCGUUGUCAAAAAGCAGCAGUAGACUGUAAUUUUUCUAGCGUUGCUUCCAGAAAGGGACCACCCAAAGAAUAUCUUGAACCAUUUGAAUCACGCUUACGUGCAGUCGAUGCAGCUUUACAAAGGAUACACAAGAGUGGCCAAACACCGCCUAUAAAACUGGAUUUUACAUCAUCAGUCGACAAAGAUUACUUCAAUAUCAGCUCUAUCGGCCGUGGCUUGUAUGUGCCUGAAUAUCCUACUCGCGUGGAUCGCAUUGAGCCACUCUACCAAAAUAACAGUAAUCUAAGUGCAGAACCACCAGAGCCACACCUUAAGAUUAAACCGCCAGUACCCAUGAGAUUUGAUCUAAUCAAACUUUAUUUUGAUCACAUUCAUCACUCUAUGCCCUUUGUAAGCAAAUUAUCCAUCACGAGUCCCCAGCCUCCAUCAUUACUGCUCAAUUCUGUUUAUGCAGUUGCAUCCAAAUUUGAUGAUCAACAACAACAACAGCAGCAGGUAGGUAAUCCACCGGGAUGGUCAUAUUAUAAGAUGGCUUUAAGCCUUAUCGACAUCUAUAUGGAUACACCAAGGCUUUCGACCAUUCAGGCUUUGCUAUUACUUAUUAAAUAUCACGAACAUGUUCAACGCCCGGGAUUCUUUUGGAGAACAAAGUCCCUGAUGCAGCUGGUUAUUCAAAUGACAAAUGACUUGGGGCUCUCAAGAAAAGAUGAUGGCAGCUAUAUAUCCCAUCAUGAUUCAGAAUAUCGCAAUAGGACCUUCUGGGCAGUUUACACGUAUGAAACGCUUAUGAGCACUGAGCACGGUUUCCAGCCUCAUUUUAGUCCAGAUAAAUGCACAGCCCAGUAUCCACAGUGCACUGAUGAGGAACACAAUGACGAUUAUAAUGCUGUUCUCAACUUUCAUUGGCUGUCAAAGGUAAUACACAUUCAGGGCUUUGUACUUCAGUUUAUGCGAUCAAAAUAUGGCACGGAUGUCCACCCGCUGUUUGAUGAACAAAAAGACUUUAGCCAUUUAGAGCAGAAAUUGAAUGAUUUAGGGCAAUCAAUUCCGCAGAUUGUAUCAUCGAAUAAUGAUAUCUACGUGUCCUUUAUUCAUCUGAUAUACCAUGUUGCCAACAUCCUCUUAUACCGACCUUAUGCGCUGUCUGACUGUGUAAACAGCUCCCAAUAUAACUUUUACUGUCAAUCGUCUGCAUCUUCUAUAACUGAUAUCACUGAACACAUAUUGUCAACAAAAGGAAUAGACGUCUUUUAUAGCACCAUACGUGGUGUCCAACAAAUCAUUUACUGCUUGACAGCUGCCCUCACCGUACAAAGAUCAAAAAGUACAGAAACUUAUACACAGCCAUUUGACCUAUCUCAGUAUCAAAAGACGGUUUCUACAUUAAACACACUUGUGGAGAAGUCCCCAGUGACUGAAAUUGAAGAUGUAUCCACAGCAGAGAGCCAAAUGUGGAUAGACACCAGAAAGAGGCAUGAGCUUGCUUCAUCUUCAAAUACUUCUUCUGCAAGAUCCUCGCCUUUGGAUACUUCUCUUAGUUGUCCGCAAAGCCCUGUAUCGCCUAAAAUUAAGAAACGACGAUCGAGAUCCUCCUUACAGUUCCCCUCUACACCCGACAGCGCCUCGUACACUUCAACCUCUGCAAACCCCAUCGUAUCCGAGCCCAUGGUUCAUCAGAGAUCAGCCCAUUCAACAACAAAUAGACUGUCUCGUGCUCAAAACAGACUAUCUGCCCCAUCAUUAAGCUCGCUCUAUCAGCAACAUCCAAGCUACUAUGCACCCCAACUUCAGCAAAUGUUCCAACAGCCCGUAUAUCCGCCUCAACACAUGUCCUAUCACUCACAACCCUCAUCUCCCACUGCACAGUACCUUGCAGACACCAGUGGAACAGCGGCAUCGAGCAGUGGUUCAAUAGAUAAUUAUUAUAAUACACCAGCGUCAUCGCCUCGUCGUUCUAUAUCUCGAAGAUCCAGUUUGAGGAAAAGCACCUCGUUUGUAGGAGACUUUACUAUUCCUAUUCAGCGGCCUACACGCACAGGCAUGGCUCGACCAUAUGCAAGUGCACGACGUCAUACUGUUACAAACUCAAUGUCUCCCGAUCUUACUGAAGCUCUAAUGGCUUCAGGAUCCACAGCUCUUGGAAAUGAUCUAUAUCUCAGUACAAUGACAACUCGAAGCAACCGAUUCUCAGCGCCGCCUAAUACCCUACUUCCAUACAAUAUACCCAUGACAGCUCAACAACAGCAACAGCAAGUAAUGAUGGACCCUCUAUUUCCCAUGGAUCCUGUAAUACCUAAUACCCCUAAUGAAUCUAUGAUGGGGAUAUUGAUGAACAAUGAAAACAACUAUAGCUUCUUUCCUUCACAUCAGCCAUAAAUAUAAUGGUGAUCAAAACGUUUUAAAUAAAUCAUGGUUGGCUUCAUAUCAGAAAAGGGAAAUUAAGCCAACUUUUUUAGUUUGAUAUGAUGCAUCAUUUAUUUACCCAUUGAUAGGAGAGAAAGAGAG